AUGAAUAUCACAACACCUAAAACUCAACAAACUGGCUUUGAAAAAAGAUUGCAUACCCCUCCAAUAAUUGAGAGAACGAAGGGUCGAACAACUCCUACAAAAUUUUUAAAAACUGUGUCAGAUAACAUUUUCAAAAGGAAUUUUGAUUCAAAAGAACAGUACCCACAUAAUUUUGGUUCCAAUGUUAAAAAUAUCCACUUUUCUCAGACUCCUAGAAUGGCAAGGCGUUUUAAAACACCCAAGCCAUUGGACCUUAGUAAACCCAUUUCACCACCUAAAACAAUAACAAAGCAAGAGGAGUUAACCAUUAAUGCAUCUAUUCAAGGUUCUUUUCAAUCAUUAGAAAAUAUACAUUUGUCUUCGCCCGUGAUAUUACAAGGUACUAAUUAUAAUAAACCUAAAAAUUUAACAAAUUUACUAUAUGACGCAUUUGAUUCGCCUACGAUAGAAAAUCAACAAUCUUUAAAGACUAAUUAUAUUGAAUAUAACGAUAUUUUAUCACAUCAUUCGAAAAAGACCCCUUUAUCAAAUAUUAACACUGGUAAAUAUUUUAAGAAAUAUAGUAGAGAAGAGUGUUGUAUUUGUAAGGAAGCUAUAGCACAUAAUUUCAUGGGUGAAAAAAUUGUCGAGUUAUCAUGUUCUCAUUUGACACAUUUUAAUUGUUAUUUGACCCUUUAUGAUUCUGGUUUAAAUUAUAAUAUGUUGCCAAUAUGUGGAGUUUGUAAUGUGGAAAUAUCGCCUAAGGAUUCUGAAUUAAUGAAUUUAUUGGCUUCUACAUUGUUAACUCAGACAAAGAAAAGAACUCUGAUACCAUCUUCUAAAGCUGCACCUUCGACUAAAAUUUCAGUUUCAGAUCAAAGUGAGGUAUUUGCAAGGCCUUAUCCACAAUAUUUUGAAUUAAAAUCAGCAAAAAUUGUAGAUUCUAGUUUUAAAAGUUAUACACCUCUUGAUCAGUUGAUUAAAAGUGCAGACAUUUCUUCCAAUGGAUUUCAAAAUGAGUUAGGUAAUAAAACAUCAGAUAGCAAUGAAUCAUUAGUAUGUUUAUCCUCAGGUAGUGAAACGUUGUCAUUAUUUCAUUCUAUGUCUCCUUCUACAACUUCUGAAUCAAGUUGCUUAGAAAAAAUAUCACCGGUUGUAACAUGGUGUGAAAGAAAUGAUAGAGUUGUGAUUGAAGUUAAAUUUGAAUGUAAUGAGAUUGAUACAUGUGCUGCAUCUGAGGUUUCAACAAAUAAGUUAAAAGAAAGGGAAAUAAAUGUAAUUUAUUCUGAAAUAAUACAGUUUAUUAGAGAGGAGAUUUUACUAGAGUCAUUAAUUGGAAGCAAAACACUAAAUGAAUUAAAACUAUUUGAUACGGUCACUUACUCUACAGAUAAUAAUAUUUGGCAUGAGAAUAUUUUAUUAUUUUAUGUUGAUGAUGUUAUAAUAUUAUUUAAUAUUGUUAUGAAUAAGGUUGUUGGUGAGGUCUCUUGUAUUGAUAUUACACGUGUUCAUAUAUUAAAUGAUUCUGUUCUAAUUAUUGUUACAAAAUCAAGAAAAAUGCCUGAAAUUUUUCUUAAAUUUAAUUCAGGUUAUCUAACGAAGAAAUGGAAGUAUUAUUUGCAGAACCAGGAAAAUCCAUUUACUAAUUCUUUGAAUCAUCUCACAACUACGGCAUUAUUUAUAUUACCUGAUUUAUUAAAAUAUAAAAUACAAGGAUAUGCAGAUCUACAAAAUAAUGUAAAUGUUCCGUGGUUAUUAAAGAAAGAUUCUCCUAUAAGAUUAAUACUUUGUUUAAAUUUGUGUACAAUCUCAACUAAAGAUCCUCAUUUAUAUAGGGAUAGGUUGGUGACAAUAAUACAUAAAAUUGUUAAUAGCUUAUCAGAAAUUGAUAUGCUUGGUUUAGUUACAAUUAGUCCCAAUGAUGAAAGCGGUGGAACUCCUUUUUCUAGUACUUAUGUGGGGAUGAUAAAUAAAUCAUGGGAUGGAUGGACAUCUAUUAUUGAUGAUUUGAAAGUUAGUGAUUAUCAAGAAGAGAUUUAUUACGGAGAAAACAGGGAAUUAGAGAUCAUUUUACAAACGUGUUUUAAGUUAAUUAGCACACUUCCGGAAAAUGAAUCUAUGACUUUCCAAAAUCAUAUUCUUUAUUUAAGUCAACUUGAAGAUAUGGAAACUGAUUUAAGUAAAUUGAUGCUCAAUAGCAAACUUCAAGAUACUAUAUUUAACAAGUACCGCUUUUCUAUAAGUGAAUAUUAUUUGUAUGACUGUCAAAAUCCUGUAAAAAAAGUAGUAGAUGACUUGCAUCAUUUAAAAUAUUAUAAUAUUAGAGUAAAUAUUAAAGAAGAAGAUAUUUAUGUUGGGCAUAUAAAUGAUGUUAAGGAAGUUGUUCUUAACAAUUGUGAAAUGUUGGAUAUUUUAACAACAGCAUCAAGAUGUGAAGUUACUUGGGAAGAAAAGGAUAAAGGUAAUAAUUUUGCAAGAACAGUUCCUUUAUUAAGAAAAGAACUUUAG